AAUUUUUUGGUAAUAUCCAAAAAUCGUAAAACAUCUAAUAGUGUAAAUUUAUAGAAAAAUAUUUUAGUGUCCAUUCUUACUAUAGUCAAAGGUUAAAUGCAACUGUCAGAAGAGCGGGUUUCAGUAAAUUUGUUCAGUUUAACCGAAAUAGUUUAUAUUCAUGUGUGUUUUUUUUUAAAGUUUUGCAUGAUUAAUUAAAAUGUCACACAAUGUGUCGAAAUCUAGUCCACACGGAUUUUGCGAUGCAAUAUUUUCUAUGUCGCCGAUGAAAUUUGAUAAAGAAAAUAAAUCUCCUAGAAAAGAUGUAUCAAGAGCAUCAUCACGUCGUGAUCUAUUUACCGAAUCACACGUUGUUAAAAAUCAAAAUAAAAAUGUACAAUCGUCACAUAAAAAACAAAAGUUAUAUACUAAGAAUGAGAUUUCACAAUUUUUUGAUCCAUCGAAGAGUUGUUCCAACGUUGAAGAUAUACAUUUGAAAUCGACAACUGCAUUACUAAAUCAUGAUUCUUUCAUAUGUGGUAAUAUAGCAAAAACUCCUGUUAAGACGACAGAAUCUACAUCAAGAAUAUCUGGUAGUAAAAUUACUUCCGGACAUUUACAUACGCCAAAACAACAUAAAACGUGUUUAACUCCGCGUAAUACUAAGAUCAAUGUAUUAUCUACCACAAAGACUCCUACUAAAAAAUAUGUCACCGAUCACAAUUUAUCACAAGCGACUCCUGAUUGUUUUAGUAGAGUACAACUUGAAACACCUAGUAUUAAAUCCAAUGAUCUUGGUAUUGAUGAAGGUAUUGAAGGUGAAAACAGUAAUUUAACAGUGGGUAUACGUGUGAGACCGUUAAAUUUAAAAGAAUUAAGUGAAGUUAAAAUUGCUUCGGUUAUAAAUAUUGAUGGACAAAGUAUAACCGUUGAUUGUGAAACAUCGCUACAUAAAUUUACGUACGAUCAUUGUUUUGCUUCUUACUCUGAUUCAUCAAUGCCUAAACAUGCUAGUCAAGAAGUUAUUUUUAAUACCAUGGCACUACCAUUAAUACAAAAUGCAUUUGAAGGUUACAACGUAUGUCUGUUUGCAUACGGCCAAACGGGAUCUGGUAAAAGUUAUAGCAUGAUGGGUGUUGAAUCGUUUCAAGAAAAUUCCAUCGAUCUUGAUAAAGAAGCUGGUAUUAUACCACGUUUUUGUCAGCAAAUCUUUACACAAAUACCCGAUAACAAAAAUUAUAAGACAACAGUGGAGAUAAGUUAUUUUGAAAUUUAUAACGAAAAGAUACAUGAUCUUUUGGCAAGUACUACCAAUGGAGAUAAAAGAACUGCUCUUAAAGUUAGAGAACAUCCAGUUUUUGGUCCUUAUAUCGUAGAUUUAAGUCAGCAUUGUGUUACAAAUUAUAAAGACUUACAGAUUUGGUUAAAAGUAGGCAAUUCUCAGAGAGCAACAGCAGCAACUGGUAUGAAUGAAAAAAGCUCAAGAUCUCAUAGUAUUUUCAGUAUUAUAUUAACUCAAACACAAUUGAAUGAUUUGAAAUGUUCAUCCAGUGAUGCAAGUCGACGUAGUAAAAUAAAUUUAGUUGAUUUAGCUGGUAGCGAAAGAUUAAGUCAAACUUGUGCCAGUGGAAAUAGAUUAAGGGAAGGUGUAUCCAUUAACAAAUCUCUUCUUACUUUGGGGAAGGUGAUCGCAUCCCUUGCAGAAAGUACUAACAAUCGCAAAAGAGGUUUUGUUCCAUACCGAGAAUCUGUUCUAACAUGGCUAUUAAAAGAAAGCCUGGGUGGAAAUUCUCGAACAGCAAUGUUAGGAACAGUUUCACCAGCUAACAUUCAUCUCGAAGAAACUUUAGCAACCCUUCGAUAUGCAUCCCAGGCUCGAGCCAUUGUUAAUCGUAUUCGAAUUAAUGAAGAUCCACACGACAGAUUAAUUCGCGAAUUAAAAGCAGAAGUUUUACGAUUACGAGGAGUUCGUGAAGGAUAUGAAAGACAACUUAGAAUUAGUCCACAUAAUCAUUCAACUGGCAUUGAAACAAACGUCAAAGAUCGCCAAGAAAUCCUACGAAAGCAAGAAGAAAUAAAUAGAUUAAAGGAACAAUUGAAAAAAACAGAGGAACAACUGGUUGCUACUCAAAAAAGCAACUUGAAGAAAUUGCAGGAAACUGAAGAAAGAAAAAAUUCAGAGCUGAAAUAUUUAAGGCGUUGUGGAAUCGCAGUUGAAAUAGAUUUACGUGAGAGAGAUAAACAACCAUACUUGAUAAAUCUUGCUGCUGAUCCUAUGUUGUCUGGUACACUGUUGUAUCUAAUUCCACCUGGGUUGGUACGCAUUGGAAAACGUUCUGAGAAUUCAGAUAAAUUUCAGCAAUUACCACAAUUGGAUAUUGUUUUGGAUGGGCCACUUGUUAGAAAAUUGCACUGUACUAUAGAAAAUAAAAACGGCAAGCUUAUGCUAGUGCCUGAGAUGAAUAGUGAUACUUAUGUGAAUGGUCAGGUGAUAAGUGGCAAAAUACAUUUAAGACAUGGAGAUAGACUUGUCAUUGGUGGCAAUCAUUAUUUCAAAGUUUGUAAUCCUCAUGACGAGAUUGGAAACAUACAAAUUUCUUCGCAAGCUAUAGACUUUGACUUUGCUCAUCAAGAAAUACUUAAAAUACAAGAAGAAAGAUUAAGAGCAGAACUUGAGGAAUCAAAACAGAAAGCUAUUAAGGAAUUAGAAAAUGCAAAGCGAGAAGUUGAGUUACAACUUGGCUCUCAAAAAUCUACUUAUGAACAUAAAAUCGAGGUACUUGGUAGUACAUUGGAAGAACAAAAAUUAGCAUUGGAAGAAAUAAAUCGUCGUAAACAGGAAUUGGAAUUAGAAAAAGAGAUGCUAGCCAAUGAAAUAGAAAUAAAUAAUAAAAUUCGAGAGAUUCAACAAGUGGAAAGUCAAUCAAACGUGUCACCAUACAAGUCAAAUUUUCUUCAAGAUUUAGAAUGUAUAUUGAAUGAAACGACUGCUGAUUUUGAAAGUGCCCUUAAAAUGAAAUGUAGCGCUGAUACUAUCAAAGCUGGUGGUAUUAGCUUGCACGAGAUGCAAAUACUCGUUAGAGAAGCAACCGAACGAUGCAGAGAAGUUGGCAUUAAUUAUGAAUUCAAUCAACAACAGACUCUUAUAGAUAAGAAUCUAAGACCCGUGAUUCGUGUUCGAGAUAAGGAUUGUAAAAAGGAAACCUUGUGGGAACCAAUGAGAUUUUUAGAUUGGGUUCAUCAAUUGCGUGAUUAUGAUAUAGAAAAUUCAUUAAAAGAGUUAACAAAUUGUGAAAACGAUUGGGUACCUUAUGAUGAUACGGAAACGUUUGAGGAUUCUUUAAAUAGUAGUAGAAUAUCUAUCAAUUUAACACCUGUUAAGAAACAUUUAAAUGAAAAUUUUCAACAAUUAUCUAUGGAUACGUCAAUCCAUGAUUCUACGACACAAGAAGAGGCAUCUGAAUAUCAACAACGCAAAAACGUGUCUACUUAUCUACUGCAGAUAGAACGAGCUACGCAAGCUUUGAGUAUACUAUGUCAACGUUGCGAAAGUCCUGAGAUCAACAAUACAAUAAGCGAAUCUUUAGAUAGAGUUCAAAAUAUUAUCGUUGACAUAAGGAGUAUGUUGCUGGUUAAAAAUUUAAAGGAUAGUAAAAAUGAAAGUGAAACUUCUAAUGGAUCUGUUAGUAAUAAUACUACUGUAAUCGAGAAAACCGAUUGUAAAAAUUCAACAUUAUUAGGGGAUAUCGAUCAUUUCAAAGAAGAUGUCAAAUUAAACACUUCACCGAUUAAAUCGAAUUUACGUAACAAUACCACGACGCACAACAAAAAUGGAAAUAUUCUUAAAUCUGUUCGAUUUACGGAUAAAAUUCAACAUGAUUUGACUUAAUGUUACAAAAUAGGAGGAAAUUAAAACAAAAAUAUGAAAUCUGUGAUAUUAUAUUCACUAACAGACUAAAUGAUUUUUAUAUUAAAAUAUUGAAAGCUUAGAAAUAAAGUAAUACCACUGCGUUGUUAGACGCACAACGAAAAGCUUUCGUAAAAAUAAAUUUGAUGAUUGUAAUUAUGAUCUUACAAUCUCAUUCAUUCUUGCCAUCUUUAUUUCUUAAUUUUAUUUUCUCAAAAAGACUAAGAUAUUAUUAUUAUUAUUACUAUUGUAUUGUAUUGUA